AUGACCAAUUCUGAUUCCAACUCUCCAUCCACUCCUUCCUCUCCAUCCUCUCUCAAUCAUCAAGAGAAUAAUCCUUCUCCGAUGAAAUCUUCUCGAAAGAAACGAAUGGACAGCAAAAAUCAUAUCAUUGAUAUUCAUAUGCGACCAAAUUUGGAACGUAUCAUUGGAAAUGAAAAAACAUUACAAUGCUUUCGAUCGUUUGCAGAUAAGAAACAAGUGUUGGAAUCUUUGGAUUGUUUGGUGGAAAUUAAAAAGUAUAAAUCACAUUUGGAACCAUUGUUGAGUCAACAACAACAACAACAACAGAAUGGAUUGUAUUAA